AGUUGCACUUGGUAGUUGGAACUCACUCAUCCCAUGAUCACUGUGACCUUGAGCGCUGACAUCCCCCUCACGGCACUAGCAAUGUUCUUUCUCAAGGCAUGGAGAUCAACGGCUUUCGCUGUUUAUGGGUACCUGAAUUUCACCAAAGCUGGAUUUCUGGAGCAUUCGAAGAGAUUCAAACCAGAGGAUAUGGAAGCAAAAAUACCCAGUAAAAAUUGCAUUGUUACUGGAGCAAACUCUGGAAUUGGCUAUGCGACAGCGGAGGGUCUUGCCCAACGUGGUGCAACUGUGUAUCUUGUAUGUCGAAAUAAGGAGAGGGGAGAGGAUGCUCUUUCUAAAAUUCAAUCCACAACAGGAAACCCGAAUGUUCAUUUGGAGGUUUGUGAUCUUUCUUCUGUCAGUGAGAUCAAGUCAUUGGCAUCCAGAUUUUCUAAAAAGGAUGUGCCAGUUCAUGUGUUGAUAAACAAUGCCGGCUUGCUCGAGAAUAAUCGAGUCACCACAUCAGAAGGGUUUGAGUUGAACUUUGCUGUAAAUGUAUUAGGAACUUAUACCCUGACAGAAUCAAUGUUGCCAUUACUGGAAAAAGCUGCCCCUGAUGCUCGUGUUAUUACAGUUUCCUCUGGUGGAAUGUAUACUGCUCCCUUGACCAAUGAUCUGAUGUACUCUGAGAGCAACUUCAAUGGGGUUGAGCAGUAUGCUCGAAAUAAGCGUGUCCAGGUUGCCCUAACAGAAAAGUGGGCUGAGAGAUACACAAACAAGGGGAUAGGAUUUUACUCGAUGCAUCCCGGUUGGGUUGAGACUCCUGGAGUUGCCAGGAGUUUGCCAAGCUUCAAUGAGAAGCUUCAGGGGAAGCUUCGAACAAGUGAAGAAGGUGCCGACACUCUGAUUUGGUUGGCUCUGCAGCCAAAAGAUAAACUGGUAUCUGGUGCCCUUUAUUUUGAUAGAGCUGAAGUUACCAAACAUCUUAAAUUUGCUGCUACCAGUGGGUCGCAUGCUGUGAUAGACUCUAUUAUAGGUAGACUAAACUCCAUGGCUUCUCUGUCUGCCUAGGUGGAGUACUUUUACCAUGAAACUGAAGACCUCAUUCUGUAAUUAUAUUUUAAGCAUAUGUUAGUGAAAAUAAUAGUGAUAGAUCUCAAGUUUCUUUUUUUUUUUUUAAUCUGACUACGGUACAUGGAAGCCCAAACCUGGACUAGAAAUUUGGUUGCAGUGAUUCAAUCACAUAUCCCAAACUUCCAGAGUCCCAGUCACAUGGAGACGAAGGGCGAGUUUCACUGUCUAGAUGAUAAGUUGCAUUUAUAUGUAAUGUUCAUAUUUUAGGGUCACUUAUUUUCUAUCUUAAAAAUAUACUAUUUCCAGUUCUUAAU